UUAAAGAAAAUGUAUAUUUUCUUUUGUCUUUGUCUACUUUUUGAGUUGAAUGCCAUUUUGGCAGAAGACGAAUUGAACAUUAAGCAUCGUUCAAAAAGACAAGGAUUUAGCCCAGAUGCAUUCUUUGAGAAGUUUGGAUACCUGGAAGAGAAAACCGGAACAAGCCAACAGCACAGCCCCGCAGACCGUGAAAAAGCAAUCAGGAAUUUUCAACAAAUGGUUGGUCUACCAGAGACCGGAAUUCUGGAUAGAAAAACAAUAAAGAAAAUGCAAGCCCCCCGCUGCGGAAACAAAGACGUCCUGCGCGAGAAAGAUGUCAAGAGAAACAAAAAGAGGUCAAACAUUCAACUGAAGCCAGAAGAAUUCAAAACAUUAGGACUAAAAUGGCCCAAAAAUGAGGUUACAUGGAAAAUUGUUGGAUAUACUCGGACGAACCCACUGUCGAGCUCCUUACAAAGACGAGCGUUCAUCAACGCCUUCAACAAAUGGAGUGCGGUUAGUCCUCUGUCUUUCCGAGAGGUGAGAGGGGACGCAGAUAUCCUCAUAGACUUUAAGCGGUACGACCAUAGAGACGGUAGCCCAUUCGACGGCAGAAGUGGCACUCUUGCUCACGCCUUCUUUCCUGGAACAUCUGGAAUAUCGGGUGACACCCACUUCGAUGAUGACGAGCAGUGGACGAUGAAUACCCCUGAGGGGACAAAUCUGGAGAUUGUGGCUGCCCAUGAGUUUGGCCACGCGCUUGGUCUCAGUCAUACUAGUGUACCGGAAGCUUUGAUGGCGCCCUAUUAUCAGGGUUAUGACAAAAAUUAUAAGCUGCAUAAUGAUGAUAUACAAGGGAUCCAAAGUCUCUAUGGUAGACCCUCAAGAACAACUAGACGUCCUUAUUACACUACCCGACGACCCUAUUACACAACACGACGGACUUAUCCCACUGGAAGGCCCUACACCACGAGGCGACCAUAUACAAGGCCGACAACUCGUAGACCAACUCGCCCUACUACCCCACAGGACAUAUGUAGUGUGAAGUUCGAUACCAUCUUUAAUGCUCAUGACGGUUCCUUGUACGCAACACGAAAAGAUCAAAUAUAUAAAUUUAACUCAAAUGGGAUAGGAAUCCAGAGGGGGUUCCCAAAGAAAACAAGAAAAGUCUACAAGAGGGCCCCAAAGAACGCUGGGGCUGCUGUAAAAGAUCGUUACGGUCGUGUUUAUAUGUUUAAAGGAAAUAAGUUAUUCAGAUACACAAGAUAUCAACUAGACCAAGGCUUUCCGAGGAGAAUACGCGGCAAAACUAAUUUUUAUCGGAACCUACAAGCUGCAUUGUUGUGGUAUGAUGGAAGAAUCUAUGUUUUUAAGGGAGAUAAAUACAGUAUUUGGGAUGAAAGAUACACCACUCCCCCUCCUGGUUACCCCAGACCUAUCUCAUCGUUCUGGGGCGGGAUACCAGUCAAUGUAGAGGCUGCUAUCAGAUGGAACAGAUAUACAUACUUUUUCAAAGGAAGAAAUUACUUCAAAUUUGACGACCGUUAUCGGAGAAAAUACACAGGUUACCCGAAAAAGAAAGCUGCCCCUUGGCUUGGAUGCGGACGGACUACACCAAAAUAAAUCUGCCGUGAUUGAAACAAA